CCUGGCAACCCACAGACUACAGUUCCCUGUUGGUGUGAGGUGGUACAAUGAAGGGACGAUGGCUGCUUGCAUCAGAGUAAUAUGGAUGAGAAUGACCACCUUGACAGCCGCUAUUCAUGAUGGUUCUGCUCUCCUGAACGCUUUCUUUGCCAAAAAACACUAAUCUCCCAGUUUCGUCCCAUCUGUAAAGGCCAAGUGUUGUAUUUGCCUCAGUCUGCUAGCCCCGUGCUAUGAUUCUGUCCACAUCAACUCAAUUUAAUUGACCUGACCGAUAUCACUCAUAGUCAUAACAUGGCCAUCACACAGUUUCGCCUUUUUAAAAUAUGCACCUGCUUGGCAUCUAUUCUCUCAUUCUUGAAAAGACUGAUUUGCAGGACUGGAAGGGCACGCAAGCUGAGUGGGGAUCAGAUCACCCUCCCGACCACAGUUGAUUAUUCCUCUGCACCAAAACAGCCAGAGAUUGAGGAGUGGAGCUCAUGGGAUGAGGAAGCUCCAACAAGUAUUAAAAUUGAAGGUGGCAACGGGAUAGUUCCACCUCCACAGAAUGAAGCUGAAGAAGAAGAGCCAGACUACUUCAAAGACAUGACUCCCACCAUCAGGAAAACACAAAAAAUUGUCUUGAAGAAAAGGGAACCUCUGAAUUUCUCUAUGCCAGACAGCUCCUCAGGUUUCUCCAGCCGACUAGCCGCCACUCAGGACAUGUCCUUCAUCCAGCCCUCUGCGGAGCUGGGGGACCUGGACACCUGGCAGGAGGACACCAAUGCCUGGGAGGAUGAGGCAGAUGCAGCCUGGGAGACAGAGGAAGUGCUGAGGCAGCAGAAGCUGGCUGAGAGAGAGAGACGUUCAAUGGAGCAGCAGAGGAAGAAAAUGGAGAAAGAGGCACAGAGAAUGAUGAAAAAAGAGCAGAAGAUUGCUGUCAAGCUUUCAUAACAUUAAUACGGCGCACCGGACACUCAAAGCAACAGCCAAACAACUGCUCAUAUUCCAUUUUACCUGGUUUUGUCCUGCCCGCCACACUGCUGUCCUCACCUCUUUGGGAUGUUUUUUUAGUCCAUCAGCCAUCUUUGGGAAUUUUUGUGUGUUUGUUUGUUUCUUCGGGUUUUCUUUUUGUAUUGGACUGAACACAGCACAAAGAAUCGUCCCUUUUGUUUAUUUUUGAGUUAUUGUGAUUGUUCUUACCGUGCGCUCGAUGAAAGAAAAAAACGACAUGUUUUUUUCUGUCAGUAUUUAUAACACUUGAAUGAGUUUGUCAAGAAAAAUUUUAGAUAAGGAAUUCCGUUCAUUUUUGGUUUCGCUUUUUUUUGCCUCCCACCUAUUUUUCUUCAUCAAAGUCUUGUGUCUGUGCUUUAAACACUGGACCUCACCAGAAAUGGGUGAUAUCUCAAUAUUUCAAAAGAAUCAAAUUUAUGCAACCUUGGGUUUUUGCUCUCCACAUUCUAUUUAGCCGUCUAUCUAAUUGUGAAUAAUCCUGAUCUUGAUUUUUCUAAAGACAACAAUUUGAGUCAUCUGGGUAAAGAAUUAUUAAUUGUCAGUGGGAAUGGAGAGCAGAAAUAUUCAGUAUGUACCGAGGCUUGAAGAGAGCGCUUUUAAGAGAUGUGGGUUGGUCGUCAUGGAAACGCUGAAAUUUUUUAAAUAUCCAAAUUGGCAACCAAACCAUCUUUUAUCUUUACUAAGACUGUGUUACUGAGAAGAGCAUUGACUAAGAGAAAAACAUUCACCGUUUAUUUGAAAGCAGUUUCACCAGGGGAACGAAGCUAUUAAAGAAUUGCUUAUCUCUUGAAAAUGUAGAAAUUGAUCAUGUUUAUUGAUAGAAUGAGGAUGAUGAUGAUGAUGAUGGUGGUGCUGAAAUUAACUUCUGCAUGCUAUGAUGAUUAUUAAGGAACAUGAAGCCAUGAAAGCCACAGGUACAGAUAAUGAAAAACUGAAUAAAAUCACACCUUUUGCUAUGAUUUAUGUUUCCCAUUCAUGCGUGCUCAUGCCUUUUUAAGUUGUUUUUACAAAUUUUCACAGUGCAGCCUUAGCUGUAAUAAACACUUCGGUUAUCUGUUCA